GACGUUUCAGUGCUUUGGAAAGGGAAGUGUGCCAGGCGCUCUCACGACAUGUGAGCUGUCAUGCUGGUGACCGCUGCACGGUGUGUGCUUUGCUGUAGCCGGCGGUUCUCCGCAAACUUCUGGUGGAAGCGGGGACAUGCUCUGUGGAGCGUGUCCGUGUUGGGUCGCAGGGCCAGCAGCGCCAGCAGCAACCACACGGCCUCCGUCAGCGAUACUCGCCGCAUGCCUACCGUGGAAACGGUGACAGACAGCGAGCACUGGGCUAAUUAUCUCAGGAUACUGGAAACCUGGUGGAGGGAAGCUGGUCCCACGUCCAAGGUGCCCACCUCAGCUGAGGCAAAGGACUCCAAUGGGGAAGGGCAGAGGCAUCACACGGGGGAAAGACCUGAUAAGAGACAUGCACGGGGGCUGCACAGGGUAAUCCCCCUAGUCCAGGAGUUGAGAGUCAAGGAGAAUGAGCUGGAAGAGCUACAGCAACUUCUGGGAGAAGAGAAUGAAGAUUUAAAGGCUCUUGCAAAUACAGAAAUCGAAUCAUGCCAGGAUGCAAUAAACCAACUAAAACAUCAGAUUGCAUACAUAUUAAUAGAAAGGGGAGAGGAUGAUGACAAUGAUCUUAUAAUGGAAGUAACAGCUGGUGUAGGGGGACAGGAGGCCAUGCUUUUUACUGCAGAGAUGUUUGAUAUGUAUCAACGCUAUGCAAGUUAUAAAAGCUGGAGCUUUGAUAUCCUGGAGUAUUGUCCUAGUGAGAUUGGUGGCCUACGACAUGCAGCAGCAAGCAUAGGAGGUCUCUAUGCCUACAAGCAUUUGAAGUUUGAAGGAGGGGUUCACAGAGUCCAGAGAGUACCAAAAACUGAGAAACAAGGGCGAAUUCAUACAAGCACAAUGACUAUUGCUAUAUUACCACAACCAAGUGAGAUCAAUUUAGUGAUCCAUCCCAAAGAUUUACGGAUUGAAACCAAAAGAGCUAGUGGUGCUGGGGGACAGCAUGUAAAUACUACUGAUAGCGCUGUACGGAUUGUACACAUACCAACAGGCGUGGUAUCGGAGUGUCAGCAGGAGAGAUCUCAGCUGAAAAACAAAGAGAAGGCAAUGCAGGUUCUUCGUGCAAAACUAUACAGCAUGAAACUUGAAGAAGAAACUACAAAACGGUACAAUGCAAGAAAGGUCCAGAUUGGCACCAGGGGCAGAUCUGAAAAAAUUAGAACCUAUAACUUCCCUCAAGACCGUGUUACAGACCAUCGAAUUGGCAAAUCUUUGCAUGACAUAGAAGGGUUUCUCUUUGGUGAAGAACAUUUAGAUGAGAUGAUCCAAUCUCUCAGCGAGUUUUCAGAUUAUGAAUCUCUUCUGGAAAUUAUUUCAGAACCUUCUACAGAACUUAUGUGAAUAAAUGCAUGGACUAUAUUAUUAAAUUACCACUUCUUUGUAA